UGAAAUUAGUAGCCUGUCAUCCAAUGACCGCAGUCUCUGACUGGUGAACACAGUAAGCAUGUUUCUGGCAGCAGCACAAGGAAAGGAAAAUCAUUUAUUCAGUGUGAAGAAUGAGGGACAGUUUCAAGGAAGAGAGACAGUUCAGAGGUCUUUCACUAUCCCUGCAGAGGAGGGUCAUCCAUUUCGCCAGCGGUGAGACUCUGGAGGAAGAUGACAGUGAGGAGGAGGAUACAUUACAAGAGGAGGUGUUUAGGGAGCCUGAAGACAUGCCCAAACUCCCAUGGAGAGCUUUUACUUUGUCUCUGGGCAGGAAGUCAUUGCGCACUUGUGAUUUUCUUGGGGAAAAACUGGCUGGUCUACUUGGUCUCAACACUGCCAAAUACCAGUAUGCUGUAGAUGAACAUCAGAGUGAUAACAAGAACACAGGCAGUAAAGACACCGAAUGCUCCUAUGAGAAAAGAAGGGAGAGAAGUCACCUUUCUUUGAGGAUGAGCAGUGAAUAUGGUGCCACAUGCUCCCAAGGAGUCCCAGCUGGUUCUCAAGCCACUGAGCACAGAACGACAGGAUCCCACAACAUGGGUUAUCAAGAUGAUAAUGAGCACUGAAAAAGAACUAGGCUAAUAAACAAAUCAAAUGUUAUUUGCCAUAUGCGCUGAAUUACCGUGAAAUGCUUACUUACAACUCAACAAACAAUGCAAAAAAAAUGUAAGUAAAAAAAAAAGCUAAAUAAACUAAAGGAAAAAUAGUAAAACAAUAGUAGGCAUUGCACUUGUUGUGCUAACAAACUAAGAGAGCAAAUAUUUAUAUUGCUGUGUGUAUUUGUUGGUGUUCCUCUGUGAUUUCUACUGUAUUGCACUUUAUCUGACUAUAUUAAUACCAUUCUGAAAUGUUAAUUAAAAACAUGCA